GUCUUUGGAUUCUUUUUCUUGUCCAACUUCAUGGAAGGAAUCCAUGAUUCCGGGUAUGUAGUGAAAGAGAUGAUGAACUUAGUCAGUUCUGACCUCUAACUGCUACUCGAGUGUUGAGGGGAAUCGUUCCAAGGGUCGCUUUCUGUGUAAUACGACAAGUUUUGGUAUCUCCAGAUGGUUUUGUCGUUGAUUUCGGUAGUAUUCCAUCAACACUGAUGCUCACUGCCACGCUGUAGGGAAUAAGGAAUCGGUGGAAUGCAUAUACUCUCUGCUACUUAAAGAGUAGGACAUGGGAACAAGUCACUCUCGUGUUCUUUCUCGCCUCACUAUUUCUCCGCCGAGCUUUGGCACUUAGACUACAAAUUAAUAGGGUCAUCUCAAACAUCCAAAGAAGUGGAAGAAGGAACCGAAGGACUCCAUCUUUGGACCACCAAAUGCCCAAAUAAUCAGGUGAUAUUCUUGAAAGAUUUUGCUAAGAUGGUACCAAAAGGAGGGAUGAAAAUAUCUAAUUCAACUGAUGCAAGCUCCCAUGAACAAGAGGAGAACAAUGAUUUUCAGAGCAAAAGUAAACAGCAAGACCUGAAGAAGAGGAAUAAUAGCAUGCCUUAUCACAAGCUUUUUUCCUUGGCUGACACAGCAGAUCUUGCUUUAAUGGUUGUGGGCACAAUUGCAGCUAUUUCUGAUGGGGUCUCAUUACCUUUGACAACAGUUCUUUUUGGAGAUAUGAUCAACACUUUUGGGAAAACUAGAGACAUAAACUAUAUUGUUCAUGAGGUUUCUAAGGUCGCUCUGAAGUUUGUAUAUUUAGGCAUCGCAAAUGCCAUAGCUUCAUUCCUUCAGGUGGCUUGCUGGACGAUUACUGGGGAAAGACAAGCUGCACAGAUUAGAAACCUGUACUUGAAAGCCAUACUUAGACAAGAUAUUGCAUUCUUCGACAAGGAAGCUAACACAGGAGAGGUUAUUGCAAAGAUAUCAGGUGACACUUUUCUAAUUCAGGAUGCCAUGGGUGAAAAGGCUGGAAAAUUCAUUCAAUUGGUAUCAUCAUUCGUAGGAGGGUUUAUAGUAGCAUUUGUCCAGGGAUGGCAACUUACACUUGUUAUGUUGUCCACCAUUCCUCCUAUGGUGCUUGCUGCUGCAGUCAUGGCCACUGUGUUGACCAAGAUGGCAGCCCGUGGGCAGACAGCUUAUUCAGAAGCAGCAGCCACUGUUGAACAAACAAUUGGCUCAAUUCGGACAGUUGUAUCUUUUACCGGAGAGGAACAUGCUAUAAAGAAAUACAACAAAAGUCUUAAGAGCGCUUACAAGGCCAGUGUUCUGGAAGGCUUGUCUGCAGGAGUAGGCUUGGGUGCAACUUUUGGUAUUGUGUUCUUUGGCUAUGGUUUAGGAAUAUGGUUUGGAUCUAAAAUGAUAUUGAAGAAAAACUACACUGGUGGAGAUGUCAUCAAUGUGAUUUUUGCAGUCAUUACAGGCUCCAUGUCCCUAGGCCAGGCCUCCCCAUGUACAAGUGCUUUUGCAGCAGGACAAGUGGCAGCUUUCAAGAUGUUUGAGACAAUCAACAGGAAGCCUGAGAUAGAUGCUUAUGAUACCACUGGAACAACUUUGGAUGACAUUCGUGGAGAUAUUGAAUUAAAGGAUGUGUGCUUUAGCUAUCCAGCUAGACCUCAUGAGCAAAUACUCAAAGGGUUAUCUUUGUUCGUUCAAGGUGGAACAUCUGUUGCCUUGGUUGGAGAAAGUGGAAGUGGAAAGUCAACUAUCAUCAGUCUAUUAGAGAGAUUUUACGAUCCACAAGCUGGUGAGAUUCUUAUAGAUGGAAUAAAUCUAAAGGAAUUCAAGCUGAGAUGGAUCAGAGGGAAAAUUGGACUUGUUAGCCAGGAACCAGUCCUCUUGGCAUCUACGAUAAGGGAAAACAUUGCUUAUGGAAAGGAUGAUGCUACCAUUGAUGAAAUUAAAGCUGCUGCUGAUCUAGCCAGUGCUUCCAAAUUUAUUGAUAAAUUGCCUCAGGGUCUUGACACCUUGGUUGGAGAGCAUGGAAUUCAGCUCUCUGGGGGUCAGAAACAAAGAGUUGCAAUAGCUAGAGCUGUUCUCAAGGACCCAAGAAUCCUACUGCUAGAUGAAGCCACCAGCGCUCUUGAUGCAGAGUCUGAAAGUAUUUUGCAGGAGGCACUUGACCACGCCAUGAAAAACAGAACCACUGUUAUUGUUGCUCAUCGGUUGACAACAGUGAGGAAUGCAAAUAUGAUUACUGUAGUUCAUCAAGGCUCAAUAGCUGAAAAAGGAUCCCAUGAUGAGCUCAUUAAGAUUCCAAAUGGAGCUUAUAACCAACUUGUAAGGUUACAGGAAGUGAAACAAGAUUCUGAUCAACAUACUCCAGUUGACCAGGACAACAUUUAUGCAACUAUUGGCCAACAGUUGAUUCAAACAUCUUCCCAGCUAUCAACCAAUAGAUGGUCAUCUAUUGGAAGUGACAGUUUUCACCCAUUAUCAGAAUCUUUUAGGGUGCCUGUUGGACUAUUAGAAGCUCCCAUGGAGACUUCGCAGUGUGAAGGGUCAUUAGAGAAAAUUCAAGUACCUGUUAGCCGCCUUGCAUCUCUAAAUAUACCGGAGAUUCCUCUGUUACUAUUAGGUACAAUUGCUGCUAUAAUCAGUGGAAUAUUGCUGCCUAUUUUUGGAGCUCUCUUGUCAAGUAUAAUACGUACCUUGUAUGAGCCACCAACAAAGCUUCGUAAGGAUUCAAAAUUUUGGACAUUGAUGUUGACUUUCCUUGGUUUGGCAACGUUGCUGUCGAUUCCAGCAAGAGCUUAUUUGUUUGCUAUUGCUGGGUCCAAGUUAAUAGAAAGAAUCAGAGCAAUGUCAUUUGACAAAAUUGUUCAUAUGGAGGUUGGGUGGUUUGACAAACUUGAAAACUCAAGUGGAGCAAUUGGAGCAAGGCUUUCAGCAGAUGCAGCAACAGUGAGGACUCUUGUUGGUGAUACAUUGGCACUUGCUGUUCAGAAUGCUGCAACAUUAGUUGCAGGUUUGGCAAUUGCCUUUUCUGCAUGUUGGCAGCUGGCUCUAAUAAUACUGGCAUUGGCACCUUUGGUAGGUCUAAAUGGAUGGAUUCAAUUAAAAUUCAUGAAGGGAUUGAAUGCAGAUGCAAAGAUGAUGUUUGAGGAGGCAAGUCAGGUUGCCAGUGAUGCAAUUAGAAAUAUAAGAACGGUUUCCUCUUUCACUGCUGAAGAGAAGGUGAUAGAACUUUAUAGGAGGAAAUAUAAAGGUCCUAUGAAUUCUAUCAUAAAGCAAGGAUUGAUUGGUGGACUUGGUUUUGGUCUCUCCAACAUCUUGCUGUUUUGUGUAUAUGCAACUGGCUUCUAUGCUGGAGCUAGGCUCGUAAAGGAUGGCGAGACUACAUUCGCAAAUGUUUUUCGUGUCUUCUUUGCUCUCAACUUUGCGGCAGUAGGAAUUACCCAGUAUAGCUCCCUAGCACCUGAUUCUGCAAAAGCAAAAUCUGCUACAGCUUCAGUAUUUGCAAUACUUGAUCGCAAGUCCAAGAUUGACUCCAGUGAUGAUUCUGGCACAACAUUAGAUUUAGUGGAGGGAAAUAUUGUAUUUGAUCAUGUCAGCUUCAGAUACCCUACAAGGCCUGAUGUCCGGAUCUUUCAUGACUUAUGCUUUGCUGUUCAGUCAGGAAAGACUGUUGCUAUUGUUGGCGAAAGUGGAAGUGGGAAAUCCACCUUGCUCUCACUGCUCCAGAGAUUUUAUGACCUUGACUCAGGUCAUAUAUUGCUAGAUGGAGUAGAGAUACAAAAACUGAAGCUCAGGUGGCUGAGACAACAAAUGGGUCUGGUUAGUCAAGAGCCUGUAUUGUUCAAUGAUACUGUUCGGGCCAACAUUGCAUAUGGAAAAGGAGGAGACGCCACCGAGUCAGAGAUAUUAGCUGCUGCUGAGUCCGCGAAUGCGCACCAGUUCAUUAGUGGAUUGCAGCAGGGCUACGACACUUUAGUUGGGGAACGUGGUGCCCAAUUAUCAGGUGGGCAGAAGCAACGAUUGGCGAUAGCACGUGCCAUUAUAAAGGACCCGAAGAUCCUGCUGUUCGAUGAGGCUACCAGUGCACUCGACACGGAGUCUGAGCGUGCAGUUCAAGAGGCACUUGAAAGGGUGAUGAUCAACCGCACCACAAUCGUAGUUGCACAUAGAUUGUCAACCAUUAAAGGUGCCGAUAUGAUUGCAGUACUCCAAGAUGGCACGAUCGUGGAGAAGGGCAAACAUGAAGAUCUGAUCAACAUUAAGGAUGGGUUUUAUGCAACCCUAGUAGCAUUUCAGUCAGCGUAGUGUGCCCAUAACACAAUAUUAUUGUCCUCUAUAGGAUGAAAUGUUGCAUCCUGGCUUAUAUCGAUGUUUCCUGUUAUAUAUCUGUAGCAUGAACCAAUUACUAUGAUUUGUUAAUGCGAUCAUUAUCGUUUACUUCAUCAUGUAAAAACAUGAGUAACUAAUUUGAUUGAUUAUGAUUUGACCAUCA